AUGGAUGAUAUGUUCCUGCCUGGUAAACUAAGACUUCAACCGCACAAUUUCAAAACCCUGCUCAUGAACCUGACCCAACUAGAAAACCUGAAGCUUACUGGAGUAAACAUAUCUUCAGGUCUACCUGAUUCCUUGCUGAAUUUGUCCUCUCUAGCGACUCUCGACCUUGUUGAGACCGGACUCAAUGGAAAACUACCCGAUUCAAUUGGCUAUCUUGGGGUUUUAAAUUACUUGGAUCUCUCUUCCAACGAACUAUCUGGGCCUCUUCCUGAGUCGCUUGGAAAUUUCACGAGGAUUACUGUACUAAGUUUAUGGGAAAAAGAUUUGAACGGUCAAGUCCCAUCUACUCUCUCAAAUCUUGAGCAACUCAGCGAUCUCCAUAUUUUUUGCAACAGUUUCAAUGGUACAAUUCCCGAGUUCUUUUCUGGCAUUACCUCUUUAUUAAAGUAA